UAUCACGCGCCGCGCGUCGCCUGUCGUGAGUUGCGUCGCGCUGGCUGCCGAAGCCCGAAGACGAGGAAAGGGAUUGACUGCACCCUCGCAAUUGUUCUGAGUGGAGUGGACACACACGUUUGGAAAACAAGAGAAGAAGACAAAGAUUGUAGGACUCGAAAACGGAGUUUUGCGGUCGAUACACAGGCCGUGUUAUUUCCUCAAAAAGGAUUCGACGAUGAUCGAGGUACAAGGAUAGCAGAGAGAGAAGUAGUGCGAGAGAAAAGAGGGGAGGGUGUCGCAGGAAGGAAGAAGAGGGUACAGACGGAGAAGUGGACAGAGAGAGGAAGAAAUAGUCGCCGAGAGACAGGGAAAAGAGAGAGAAGUCGGGUCCGUGACCGAGCAGGAUCAAUGCACGAUGCGGACCUUGAGACUCCCUCCACCCUUCACCCACCCUUUGUCUAAUUCUCAUCCAGCGACGAUCCCACCGCCCGGUCCGCACGAUUUGCAGCCCUUGCAUAGGCGGCACAACGACGACGACAAGAGCGAGAAGAGAACAAGACAGGCUUGGAGGACGGGUGAGGAGAGGGAAAGACAGGCUUGGAAGGAGAGACGCAGAUUGCAUCCUCUGCACGGCACUGCUCUGUCAGCCACACCAACAACACACAACCGCACUAUCACAUCGCCGUCAGUUGCUGAUAUGCAGGCCGAUGCACCACUGUGGCCUCUCACGGCGGCCAAUGCUCUUUGCGAUUUGUUGCGGCUUUCAAAAUCGUAUUAUAAUUCUUAACUGACGCGAUAUCGACUUCGUGUGGGUCGCGUGAUCACAUGUCCAAUUUAUGUCGAAUCGGCUUCAUUUGUUAUACAGGGUGUCCCGGGUUUUAACCAACAAACUGC